GGACCCGGAGACGCCGUCCUGCUACCCGUGGUGGGUGUGAGAAGCAGCCUUGCCUGGUGGGAUGGCAGGACUGGAUUUGUGUUAAGGGCAGGGAGAGAAUGUUAAUUUCUUUCAUUCUUUCUGUGGCCAAAACCUCGCUGCGCAGUGCCAGCCCCACCGGGCUGUGGGUGGCGCUGGGGCACAGGGCUUAGAGGGAAUUUCCCCGAGGCUCAGGGCUGCUGAAGCCCCCCAGGGCAGGCAUGGCAGCUGCUGUGCCCAGCGCCCCAGGGAUCUCGGCAGCGCUGGGAACGCCCAGGGUGCCAUCAGCGGCUGCUCCCCGCGGAACCCCAACCCUCUGUCUCUUCUCCCUGCAGCAGCCGCCCCGUGCAUCGCCUGCCGUUCCCGUGGGCACUGCCCAGUGCCCAGCCAUGCUGUGCCCCAGCCCCGUGGCCAGCGCCAAGGGCCAGGAGGAGCCCCGUGCCGCCGAGCCCAACCUGCUGUGGCUGACAGAGCUCACGGGCGCCCACCUCGGCCUGGCCCCCAUCUCGCAGGACCCCGAGGAUCGCUGCAGCAUCUGGGAGAACCUGGUGAGCCUGGUGGACUUCCAGUGCCCGGGCUUCCCAUUCACUGCCGAGGAGCUCUGCCCCUACAUCCACAUCCCCUCGGUGCCUGCGGUGCCCGCGGCGCCCGCGGUGCCCCAGGCCGUGCCCUGGGCCCCUCUGCCCCCCGAGGACGUGGAUUACAAGACCAACCCGCACGUGAAGCCGCCCUACUCCUACGCCACGCUCAUCUGCAUGGCCAUGGAAGCCAGCGAGAAGCCCAAGCUCACGCUGGCAGCCAUCUGCAAGUGGAUCCGGGACAAUUUCUGCUAUUUCCGCCGUGCCCAUCCCAGCUGGCAGAGCUCCAUCCGCCACAACCUGUGCCGCAACAAGCGCUUCGUCAAGGUGCCCCGCGAGAAGGGCGAGCCGGGCAGGGGCGCGUUCUGGAAGCUUCACCCUCAGUACGCCGAGAGGCUGAAGAGCGGCUCCUCCAAAGGGCGCGGGGCGCUCGCAGAGCCCAUCCCGCCCUCCUCCUCCUCGUCCUCAUCCUCCUCCGGAGCCCAGCAGGGAGCACAGCUCAGCCCCAGCGCUCCGGCCCGCAGCCCCCCGAGCUGCGUCGAGGUGAACGCGGAGCUGCAGCGGCUGCUGCAGGAGUUCGAAGGGAAGCCCGCGGGGAUCCAAGCGGUGCAGCAGAGCCUGCAGCCCCCGGCCGAGGGCUCCUGGCUGCCCGGCGGGGCCCCGGAGGAGCCGGCAGAGCUGACCGAGCUGAAGAGCAGCACUGACUGGGAAGCUCUGCUGAAGCCCGCCCUGGAGCAGGGAGAUUUCUCCACCCUCGAGCAGCUCCCGCCUCUCUCCCAGCCCGGGGAGUUCCCCCAGCACCUGGAAAAGGCUCAGGAGCAGCAGCUGGGCUGGCCCCAGGGGCAGCAGCAGCAGCAGGUCCUGCCCGAGCCCAGCCCCAGCGAGCCGGCCUUGGAUGAAACCCUGCUGGCCACGGCACUCCUGGAGGCUGCCUGGCCCGGAGAGGCGCCAGGGCCCCUCUCCAGCCUCCUCCCCGUGGAGCAGGGCGCUGAGGACAUCCAGACCUCUUUGCCCCGGCCCCAGGAGAUCCCAGAGGACCUCUCCAGCCUCCUCCCCCUGGCGGAGGGGGCUGAGGACAUCGAGGCCUCUUUGUCCAGCACGGAUCUCCUGGAUUGGGACUCUCUGGACCCCUUCAGUCUCUUUUAGAGACAUGAUUGUCUCGAAUCAUUAGACUGGAUUAGGUUAGAUUAGAUUUGAUACAACGAUAUUUAAUGGGAUGGAUUUAGGAGGGGCUUUGGGGUGGGUGUAGAUGGUUUUAUGGACAAGUUUUCAUUUUUACUGCCUUUUAUUCCGUUUUUUGCCUGGGGAGUCAGUUGAAGACCUGCACAGACACUUGGCCACUUUAAUUCUUUUUUUCAUUUUAUUGUCAGUUUUUGAAGAGCUAGAAUAAAAGAAACAAGGUGGGGAAGAAAUCCAGUUCUGCCUUCUGGAUUCCCUCCAGCACCUCGUGGCCCUGUCUGAGGCAGGGACUUAUUAGAGAUGGUAGAUGAUUGAUAGACAAUUGACAAGUGAUUGAUAAGUGAUUGAUAGCAGAUCGAUAGAUUAGAGAUGAUAUAUGAUUGAUAGAUUAUAGAUUUUAAAUUAGAGAUGAUUGAUAGAUAACAGAUUUUAGAUGCUAUAUGGUAAAUUAUAGGUGGAAAAUGAUAGAUGAAAUUAGAAUAAAUUAGAUUAAAUUAGACGAGAUUAAGUUAGAUGAGAUUAAAUUAGAUCCGUUUAAAUUAUAUAGGAUAAAUUAGGUGAGAUAAAUUA